UAUCCAUUUGUACAGUACACAGCUUACAGCACCUUACUAUCACAACCACAUUUUAAAACAAAGGACAAAACCUCUGCUACUAUUCUCGUCACUUAAACUGUGUAGGCUGGCAGCUGAAGCCAAACUUAGGAAAACCUGUGUGUCUGUUCUCAGCCUACACUCGGCAACGCUGUCAUUACGCUGUCAUAUGAUGACCACCGGGACCAAAGAAAUAAGCACACAGUGCCUCCAGUGUACUAUAUAAGUGUGGUGACAUUUUGAAACACGAGCUAAAGCUGCUGCUAAUUAUGUUUGACCUUCGAAUGGGACUGGGAGGAAGACCGGAUGCAAGCGAGAGAAAAAGUGAAAAACAGAGAGAGUCAAAGAUGGUUCAAGACAGUGCCCACAUUCGGCAGCGGGGUGCCCAGGACUUUAUGACAUACUAUGACUUUGCCUGUGCCAGACAGGAGUCAGUCCCUCUCCCUGCUGUCAAGAUGAACCUUGACAAAGGGAUGCUGGACUUUAAUGGAGACAGGGUCAAACUCACAGACUGGCCGCCCAUUCUCAGCUCCAUCAGCAUCAACAAACACCUGCACCACAUUGCAAUAAGUAGCACAUAUCAGGCUAGUCUGGCUUCUGGAGACGCAGACAGAAGGUACUUUAAGUCUAGCCUCAGGAAGAGGAUCCCAGCCAUUCGCUCUAAGGAUAUGACAUUUAAGUUGUGCAAGGCCCUGAGAGAGUGUCUGACUGUCUCCCACAACCUCAAGACUCUGCAGCUUAAUGGACUUCCACUGAGAGAGAGGGAUCUCAUCACUUUAACAAAGGGUUUUGCAAAAAGUGUUUCCUUGGAAAACCUGUCUCUGGCCAACUGUCCAAUCUCUGACGAGGGCUUAGAGAUCAUUUGCCAAAGUGUUAAGUACUCUACAAGCAUCAGGACAGUAGAUUUUACAGGAUGCAAUCUCACCUGGAGAGGGGCAGAACAUAUGGCCAACAUCAUCAAGCAUCAGGGAAUGCAGAGGCAUGGUACUGCAUGGGCAGAGUCUCUGAGGUAUCGGCAGCCACAGUUUGAGGGAAUGGGAGGUCUCCGCCGUGUCACCCUGAACUGUAACACUUUGAUUGGGGAUCGGGGUGCUGCUGCUCUCGCGCAUGAACUGGCCGAGGACCUCUGGGUUAAAGCUGUGGACUUACAGAGGUGUGGUCUGUCCAAUGAAGGAGCUCGCCGUUUGCUCGAAGCCUUGAAAACGAACUCUGCUCUUUGUGUGCUGGAUAUACGAAGUAACCCUUUAGUUGACAAGGUCCUAAUUAAAACUAUACUAGAGAAAGUACUGAUGAAUGCUGAUGCACAGUCACCAGAGUACUACUGGAUCAAGCCUGCAGCCUCAGAGCCACAGAGAGCUUCUGGUCCAAAGAGGCGAGCUCUACCCAGUACAGUCAGAGGAAAAACUACAUUCAGGAUAGCCCCUCGUAAAGGAUCAUCUCCUUCAGGACGGAGUUCAGGCAUUGCUCAGACACAGAAACCCUAUUCCCGCUCCAGCUGUGUGCCUUGGCGUGCUGCUGCACGAGCUGGACGCCAGAGAGGUAUGCCUCCUGGAGUUUGUGUGAUAGAUCAAAGCUUUGAGGGUGCAGCUACCGUAAAGGUUACUGUGGAGUCGGAAUCAGAGCAAGAGGAGGGUGAGGAGGAGGAAGAAGUGGUGGUGGAAGUGGAGCAGGGACCAUCUUCUCUUAGUCUCCAGGACCGAAUCACUGAACGGCAGUUUAAACACAUACAGAUGGAGCUAAAGGAGUGUCGUCUGAGGCUGGCAGAGGAGCGCAGAGCCAGACUGAAAGCUGAGUCAAGGCUCAUGGAGUUUGAGUUGGAGAAUGCCCGUCUUCGUGACACCAACCUCUCCCUGUCAGAGGCACUUGCAGCCACCGGCUCUGCAUCAGCACCACCUGCUCUCGGUGCUCUUGAAGAUGAGGCAGUUCUGGAGAGCAUUGAAAGUUCAUUUACAAAGUUCCAUGCUUUCCUGGAUCUGCUCAAGGAUGCAGGCCUCGGUCGGCUAGCUUCGAUGGCUGGAAUUGACAAGUCAGAUUUCCACCCUCUGGGAAGACCUCAGCUUUCAUCUACGGUGGGACCAUAUUUGGAUGGUGCAGCAUCACUGACUGGAGGGCAGUAUCAGGAUGUUUGGGCAAAGACUGAUGCGUCAUCUUUGGUAAAGGUAGGCAGCGUCCUGCCUGCUCCCCCUGAUAGACCGGUGGACAUCACCACACCAAGAUCUUCAUCUUCUGUCAAGGAGUUUUUGCGUGAAGACAGGCCGCUAGAUGUGACCUUCAAUCGAGCUUCCGGACCUGCGGGAGACCCUGGUGUGGUUGGAGAAGAGGAACCAGAUAAAUAUUCAAAGCCUGAGACCCAGCAUGACUCAGGUUCUGAGAAAUCCUUUAAGGUUUCCUUCAAUAAAACUUUCCAGACUCAGUCAAGUCACCCUAAGAGCAACAGCAACUCCCACCGAAGCAACGGUUCUCAUGGAUACAGCUUCAACAACAGCUAUGCCAACAGUCAUGCUUCCCGGUCAUGCAACGGGUCUCAUGGUGGAUCGUCGGUAAGGUCGAGUGUUAGCGACAUUAUCAGUGACAAGGCAGAGUCUUUGGGAUCAGUAAGGUCAAGGAACAGGGGAGAGGGAAGGCUGGUGACAGCAGGUCAGUCAGGGUCAGAGGGGUUGGAGAGGAGAGCGUAUCCUGGGAGGGAGACUCUGGAGCAGAUCAGGUCUCUGGGCUCUCUGGGACGGCAGUCAGAUGAUGAAUCCUUCUGACCUACUGACCAGUAGAAUAUGAAGAACUCCGAUCUCUGUGCCUUCUCAAAGGUUUUUCUGUUAUUUUGUAUGUAUGAUGUAGAUUUUAUACAUCUCUUUUUAAGGUACAGAUUUAUUUUUAAAUAUUCAAAGAAAGAAAGACCAGAAAGUUUUUUAAUUUUAAAGAGAGAGGACAUGGGAAGUCAAUGAAACAUCUUGUUGCAUUGAAGUCAAAGUAGACGUAGAGUUGAAUGUCCUACCAAAUAGACUGUUAUAGACUGAGACGUGAAAAAUGUAAUGUGACCGAAAAGCAAUGUAUGAUGCAUCUUGCACUCGUACAGUGCGUACAGUGAUUAAUUCAGCAAAGUGUAAUAGUAAAUAUUUGGGUCUCCAUGGUAACUCCACCUCAGUCAAUCUGCAAAUCAAGUUCUUCCCGAUGUGACACCGUUUCAUGUGGGAAUGCAUCAGACCUCAGGGGAAAAUGAUCUCAAGCCAUUUCAAAGGAGUUUUUAGAGUUUUGACAGAUAUUUGAUUUGUCCAUUUCUAAAAAAUCUAUGAUGUAGAAUUGUAACACUUGUUGUUCCUGUUAGGAUAUUCAGCACCUUAGAAUUUAUAUUUUUUUAAUAAACAUGUCAGCAGUU